AUGGACUACGUAGAGAACAGAAUGGCACAAGAAGCCGCAAAAGCACAAUCCAACCCCGCCGUUCCAGCCUCGCACACCCUCCUGACCCCCAUCAACGGCAUCCUCCUCACCCUCCUCCUCUACCUAACCUACACCCACUUCCGGCCCCGUCCCAAACUCGCCCUCUCCCCCACGCCACCCCCCAUUGUGUUCCGCACCUUCACACCCCCCACUCUGCGCCCCUACAACGGCGAGAACAACAUGCCCGUCUAUCUCUCCGUCCGCGGGAAAGUCUUCGACGUGUCCCCCGGCCGCAACUUCUACGGGCCGGGCGGUCCCUAUGCGAAUUUUGCCGGCAGGGACGCGAGCCGCGGGUUGGCGUGCGGGAGUUUCGACGAGGAUAUGUUGACGAAGGAUUUGGAGGGGCCGUUGGAUACGCUGGGUGGGUUGGGGCCGGAGGAGAUGGAGGCGUUGAGCGGGUGGGAGGAGAGGUUUAAUGAGAAGUAUCUUGUGGUUGGAGAGUUGGUUGCUGUUGGGGAUGAGAAGAAGGAGAAGGGUGGGAAGGCGUAG